AUGGCAGGUAUUUUGAUGCAUCCAAAAGAGAAGUCAUAAAUCCAGGGCCAGUGAGUGCAGGUCACACUGCAAUGUGGGGCCAGGGCCCGGGAGAGCAGCAGCUCUUGCAUUGUGGCAGGGCUGUCCCCUUGGUAGUUCUGUGGGAAAAUGCCAUCACAUUUUUGUCUGUCAGCAAAGACACAAUACAAUACAAACAAUUCCUGCUUUACAUGAGCAAGAACUUUCUCUCAAACACAUGAAGCAAUGAUGACAGUCUUUCCAGCGCGGUCAUUGCAAACAUCACCCAGCGUGAUUCAGCCUGGUUUGGCAGGGUGGCACUUUGAGGGAUCACCUCAUCUGUCACAAGGGAAACUUGGCUCUGCUUUAAGGACUGCAGCUGGCCCACCCUUGGAUCCUGUUCCCUACCUCACUUCUAGGAAGUUCAUUUAAAAGCACCCUGGCUGCUGUGUGCUGCCGCUUUAAGGCAUGCACGCACUGCCAAGCUUCAGGUCCUGCCACUGCAGGAGCACCAGGCGCAGGCAGCAAUCCUAUGAUCAGGGCUCGGCACUCCCUCGCUGCUCUCUACUUAAUAACGUUUGCCUGCUUGGGAGACAGCUGACCAGUGAGCUGAAGGCUUUCGUCUAGCGUGGCAGAGUUUCACCUGGUGCUGGCGGCAGCUCCCACCAUGGCAGCAGCUCCAGGUGCUGCUGCAGUAAAAACUGCAAAGUCCUGCAAAAAGUACCAGACAGUGAAGCGGCACGCCAGCAUCUACACCUACCAGGAGCCACCCCACAGCAACUCAGAUGAGGAUAUCAGUGAGGAUAAGGCUGACAACCAUGACCCCGAGCAGAUCUUUCAGAACAUUCAGUACCAGAAGGAGGUCAUGUCCAACAUCCGCUGCAGGCCGUGGCCGAUGAGGCAGAAGCUGCGGGCGCUCAGACAGGCAAAGGAGAUUGUGCUGAAGUAUGAAGGGAGGCUCACUAGAACAAGAGGCUACCAAGCUGCUGGUGCAGAGCUUUGGAGGAAGUUUCUUCGACUUGCAUAUAAUUUUGUGGUCAUCUUUAUUCCUUGGGAAAUGAGAAUAAAAAAAAUUGAGAGUCAUUUUGGGUCUGGAGUUGCCUCCUAUUUCAUCUUCUUGAGAUGGCUAUUUGGAAUCAAUAUUGUACUUACCAUAAUGACAGGAGCAUUUGUAGUCUUACCAGAGCUGCUGGCCGGAGCGCCCUUCGGCAGCACAGUCAGCAAGACCAUUCCCAAGGAGCGCAUCGCCUCUGCUCAAGAUCUGGACACCAUCUGGUCACUGGGGGGCUACCUCCAGUACUCCGUUCUGUUUUACGGUUACUAUGGUCGGGACAGGAAGAUUGGGAAAGCAGGAUACCGGCUGCCCCUCGCCUACUUCCUCGUGGGAAUGGCAGUGUUUGCUUACAGCUUCAUCAUUCUCUUAAAGAAAAUGGCGAAGAACUCAAGAAUGAGUUUAGCAAGUGCCUCUGAUGAAAAUUACACUUUCUGUUGGAGACUGUUCUGUGCCUGGGACUAUUUAAUAGGAAAUCCCGAGGCUGCAGAGAGCAAAGCUGCUGCCAUAGUUAACAGCAUUCGGGAAGCUAUAUUGGAGGAGCAGGAGAAGAAGAAAACCAAAAACCUGGCAGUCACUAUAAGCUUAAGGAUUAUUGCAAACAUCCUUGUGCUUCUCUCACUUGCUGGAAGUAUUUACAUCAUUUAUUUUGUCGUGGAUCGAUCCCAAAGGUUAGAGCAUGCCAAAAAGGAAUUGACUCUUUGGGAAAAAAAUGAGGUAAGCGUAGUUGUGUCACUGAUUACCAUGAUUGCACCCUCUGCUUUUGAACUUGUGGCAGCUCUAGAGAUGUAUCAUCCAAGAACCACACUUCGCUUUCAGCUGGCCAGAGUUCUUGUUCUGUAUCUGGGAAAUCUCUACAGUUUAAUCAUUGCUCUCCUGGAUAAAGUGAAUAUCAUGAGUGACACUGGCUCCAAAGUUAACAACAAUGCAAGUAAUUCUACUGCCUUCCUAGCAAACAAAACUUUUUCUAAAGAAGACAAUUUAUCUACAACUAUUCCUUAUGUACAAAUUGUGAGUAGCAGCAUUGUCACAUCGGAAGAGUCUCACACUCAAAGCUUGACAGUCCCUGACUCACAGGUUAACAAAACAGCUUCCUAUAAUACCCAGAAUCCACAGGAUCAGUGCUGGGAGACCUAUGUUGGCCAAGAGAUGCUAAAGCUGUCAAUCAUCGACAUGAUUUUCACAGUUGCAAGCAUCCUGCUAAUUGAUUUUUUCCGUGGACUGUGUGUCCGAUAUUUAAGCGAUUGUUGGUGCUGGGAUCUAGAAAGCAAGUUUCCAGAAUAUGGAGAAUUCAAAAUUGCAGAGAAUGUACUGCAUUUGGUCUACAAUCAAGGAAUGAUCUGGAUGGGAGCCUUCUUUUCACCUUGCUUACCAGCAUUCAAUGUUCUCAAGUUGAUUGGACUCAUGUACCUGAGGAGCUGGGCUGUGUUAACGUGUAAUGUACCACAUCAGCAGGUUUUCAGAGCCUCUCGAUCCAAUAAUUUCUACUUGGCCAUGUUGCUGUUCAUGUUGUUUUUAUGCAUGCUACCAACAAUUUUUGCUAUUGCCCGAUAUAAACCAUCUUUAAACUGUGGUCCCUUCAGCGGACAAGAAAAAAUAUAUGAUAUUGUUUCUGAAACAAUUCAAAAUGAUUUUCCCACAUGGUUCAACACAGUAAUUACUUAUAUCAGCAGUCCUGUGGUGGUCCUCCCUGCACUCCUACUUCUAUUCAUGCUUAUCUAUUACCUACAAAGUAUUGCAAGAUCCUUGAAAUUCACCAACAAUCAGCUAAGAAUGAAGAUCCAAACAGAAAGAACUGAAGACAAGAAAAAGGUGGUUCAGAUGGCAGUGGCCAGAAUCCAGAAUCUGGGUGGGAAUGACAAGAGACCAGACCAAGAAAGUGAUCUUAUCAGUCAGGAAUCUUCUGUUCGGUCCUCAACGCCCCGGAAGAAUGGCAGUGUCCUGAACUUUGAAUCUCCUGUGAGCAAAGGCACCAGAAUACAAACCAUUUCCCAGUCUGUGCCCCAAACUGUGCCCUCAACUGAUGUUGCAAGACCUGUCAAUGCAAAUCCCACAACUUCAACUUCUUUAACGUCAGCUCCCUCAGUAUCAAGUGUACAGAAAUCAAGAAACAAUCAUACCGCUAACAGGUACCCAAGUGUUGUGCAUGGGAGCGCAAGUGAGCUCUGUAAAACAAAGCCCUACACACCAAUGACUUUCAAAAAGCAUAUGGAAGAUGUUCAUUCUGAGCCUCUCUUUAGAAAAAGCAUCCGGCAGGCAAAUUCAGAUGCUCUUGGGGCGGGGGCUCCUGUUUUUGUGGGACGCAGACCACAUGCUACCAGAUACAUUAUUGUUAAUGAAAAUGAGUCCCGCAAAAAAUCGUCCCGUUUUACCUCCCGACUCCAAAGGCAAUUCCGAAUGGAAGAACCAGGAGAUGUUAUUGAGUUGUAUCCACGCAACGUUAGAAGAUAUGUGGUUCGCACACCACACCGGGUGUAUUCUCCUCAUCCCAGUGAAGAGGAGGAGGAAGAAGAGGAACUUAGGAGACACUACAUGAACAGAUCCCACCGCCCUCGUUCACUGUCUGAUCUUCGCCCGGCACCAAGAUUUUACGUUGGGGAGCAUGCUGAUGGCCAUGUUCUUAUGAGCAAGGAUCUAGCCAAAGUGCAUUACAAAUCCUGGGAUGAUGGUUUCGAGCUAGACCUGGACAGACCUCCAUAUGCUUACAAGAAAGUGCACCUGAAAAAUGUUGAAGCUGACCAGCACUGUCCUGAGCCACAUAUGAAACCUAAGUCAAAGCAUAAGCUGGAGCAAUCUCUCACAGAAUCUGAUUCAGGUUCCGUUGAAUCCAGCAGUGAUCCGCAGAACAGCAGCAAUGACCAAUAUAUCCAGGUCAUUCACAGCAAAGAAAAGUACCUGAAACCUGGGUCAAAACUCACUAAAAAGAAAUCAAAGAACAGUAUUGAUCUAAAUAUGUCUGAGCCUAAUGAACUGGUAUGCUCAAAUGUCUGAGAAAGUGCCCCAGCCUUUUUUGUGUUUUGGACAGGUGUAUGUGCAUUUGUUGUACUUGUUGUUUGAGGUCUAUUCGAAUAACUACAACAGUCUUUGGAACAACAGUGUGUGCAGCUAUUUGAGGUGGGAAAGUAUAGAUAGCCUUGUGUUUUACUGUUAACUGUACCUUGCUUCCAUAUCACAACUGAUGCAUUGCAAAACUUGGAAAAUUAUUGCAAUUUAUUACUUGUUAUGCUGUUUAAAAAUACUGGAAAAGCAGAAGCUAUGUACUCGGGGCAUGUUAAUUAAACCUGUACCCAAACAUGUCA